UACCGAAACAUAACAGUUAGUGUUCUGGAGGAUGAUUGAACUUAACGUUACUUCACAUUAGUGUCUUUUGCAAUGAUAAAUUCCGCUAAAUAAUAGGUUAUGAUAUAACGAGUACUCGCAGUUGCACUGAAAUAGCGGCGUGGGAAUUACAUAAUAAUUACUUUGAAAUCGCUUGUAAAUUACGCAAACAAUUUCAAAGAAACGGUAAAGUAACACGUUAAACGUUAGAGAAUUUUCUUGUGAAACACGCUCCAGUAAUCUAUGUUUUACAACUUCGAAAUGUAAUUUUUACAGUGUACUUCAUGUAAAUACACUGCGUGGCGUUUAUUUAAUCUAGGCGAUGCUCACGUUAAGUUACUAUUGAGAGAAAAAAAGCAAAAACACACAGGUAACUUACAAAAAUACAGUUUCUUUAUUAGCGUUUAAGAAUAGAUCACGACUAAGGGUACACCAACAUUGACAUUUUGGGCAAUAUCAUAACUGAGGAUGAUUAUUUCAUUUUAUUAUCAUGGAUGAUAGCUGAUAUGAUGGCCACUAUGAUUUUGGAAAAAGAAGCCUAUUCAAACUACAGCCUCUAUCUGGAAUUACAGACAGUACGGCCACCUCUUAAAAAGGGAACUUUGGCCUGUCUAGUUAAGAGCAUUGCGAUUUUUUUUUUAUCAUGAACUAAUCACUAGAUAUUUAAAUGAGCUAAUAUUUAACUAAUAAUAGCACGUACUUAUAAUAGCUAUUAUUUAGUUUUGAACAACCCUGCCAUGUCACAUUCCUCCAUGAAAUCAGUUCACAGGGACCCCAGCUCUACCGCAUGGUGGAAGCACAGGUGACGUUUUCUCAGUAUUUACACAGACUGAAGCAUGGACCGCAUGCGUCCAGCUUGGCCUUCAGCCCUGUUACCCUACUCAUGCGAAGAAAAAGAUAUCAAACAUAAAUCCUUAAAUUGAUGUCAAACGUUAUAUCACCAGCCAGGACACCAAAAGGGUGUCUCAAGCAAGCCAGCCCCACUAAGAAAUGUCAUAUUUUAGGCUACCACUGCAACCCCGCGUCACACACAUUUUUAAACGUCCAUUUAAUUUUGACAUUUAUUGGACAUUUAGCUAUAAGCUUUGCAGAACAUCUCAAACGGCGUUUUGCGAAGGGUUGCAGAAACGGCGAGACCCGUGGGACCAUUGAUGGUCGAUUUAACAUUCAUCUUCAUCGUGCAUCCCUUAAAGCAACUCUUUUAUUGUAGUCUCUUCACAUCACGCUUUUUGACACCACCGUAAUAGAGGAAGAACACCGUUUCCCAUCGAAAAAAUGGGAAACCAAACCAGAAGGCGAUGCGUGGCGUCUGUUUAUGUUAUGUUGGCCAUGCGGACGUUUUGUAGGUCACUAUGAUAAUUGCGGUGUAUCAUGUUUGAGUUGAAGCUCAGAGCGGCGCACCCACCGAUCCUCAGGUGUAGCUGGCAAAAUAAUUAACUCGUCUUUCUGAGAACUGUUAAAAACACUCCGAUCUCAUUUUAUGGAUCUUCCAACAGGCGGUACUACCAAGAAUAGUAAAGGUUUGCCUUUUGCUUGCUCAGUGCUUUAAAGAGGUGCAAUAAAAGCGUGAUGAAUGCGGAAAUCAGAUGUCAGGCUGAUACCAAGAGGAGGUCUUAUCGCCUGAACUUUGAGUCAUGUCGUCAAAAGAGAUUGUUGUUGUUUUGAUAAAACAGUGCCACUUCCAGAUAGAUCGUCAGUUCGGGUCGUCUUUAUGCUGCUCCCGAACAAGGAAGCAGAUGCUCCAAGGGUUUUCCUGGCGGUUAGAACAGCAGAAAAAUGAAAAAACUGCUUAAAAAACUACAUGGGAUUUCUAACGGUUCUCUUUAUAGGUUCUCAUCUUCUCCGGACCUUCAGUGGGGUGAUGAUUGGAAUUCGCGUUUGAAUCCUGAGGAAUACUUCACUAAGUUGGAACGGAUUGGUAAGGGCUCUUUCGGAGAGGUGUAUAAGGGCAUUAACAACCGCACAAAAGAGGUGGUGGCCAUUAAGAUUAUUGACUUGGAGGAAGCAGAGGAUGAGAUUGAAGACAUCCAGCAGGAGAUCACGGUCCUCAGCCAGUGUGACAGCCCUUAUGUUACCAAAUACUACGGCUCCUACCUAACGGGCGCUAAGCUAUGGAUAAUCAUGGAAUAUUUGGGCGGUGGAUCGGCUCUGGACCUGCUAAGGCCGGGACCUCUGGAAGAAGCUUACAUCGCCACCAUUCUCAGAGAAAUACUGAAAGGACUCGACUACCUCCACUUAGAGCGGAAGAUUCAUAGAGAUAUCAAAGCGGCCAACGUGUUGCUCUCUGAACACGGAGAAGUCAAGCUGGCCGACUUUGGAGUGGCCGGUCAGCUAACAGACACGCAAAUUAAGAGAAACACUUUCGUAGGAACUCCGUUUUGGAUGGCGCCGGAGGUCAUCAAACAGUCUGCGUAUGACUUCAAGGCUGACAUCUGGUCGUUGGGCAUCACAGCCAUCGAGCUGGCUAAAGGAGAGCCACCCAACUCAGAACUUCACCCCAUGAGAGUCCUGUUCCUCAUCCCUAAAAAUAACCCUCCCACGCUGGAAGGGUCCCACAGCAAAGCCUUUAAGGACUUCGUCGAGGCUUGUCUCAAUAAAGACCCGCGAUUCAGACCGACAGCCAAAGAGCUUCUGAAACACAAGUUCAUCACCCGCUACACCAAGAAAACCUCGUACCUGGCAGAGCUCAUCGAUCGGUACCGCCGCUGGAAGACGGAGGGCCACGGGGACGAAUCCAGCUCCGACGACUCUGACAUGGACGGGGAAGGCGAUGACGGGGACCAGGGUCCCAUGUGGACUUUCCCCACCGUGCGGCCCACUUCCAUCAACAAGUUACAGAGGGGUUUCAAUCACGUAGACAAUAAGACAUCAGACGUCAUGAAAAGGCAGCCCAAGUCGCCGUCUCUAAAAACGUUCAUCACGCCCAUAUUCAGAGAGCUGAAGGAGAAGCGGCGUGUCAGCGGGAACGGUGUGUGUGCCCUGGACGAGCUGGAGAACGCUUUCAGCCUGGCAGAGGAGUCCAGCCCUGGGAUCUCUGACCGUCUACUCAAUAACAUUAUGGAGAGAGUGUGCAGUUUUUCAGGUCAUGCUGAUUCAAUGCUAUAAGAUAUUGCAUGCGGUACUGAAUCUUCCGCAGGAGUGAACUCUGAGAGUUCCUGUGUCUCAACCCUGCAGGUUUACACUCAACGGAAACAGCAUGCCUUCAAAACGAUGAGGUCCGGUCUGACCGAUGGAAAGAGCAUCCUGAUCUCUUCAUGAGCCGGUGGUCUUCUAUGCCCACCGACAGUCACUUCAGUCCAGCUUGCAUCAUGAGACGUUUUUACGGUUUACUUUGUAGAAUAUUGAAAUGUCUAAAUGAAAUGUAAAAUAUGAAUUGACGAAGCAGGUUUGCGUAUUCCAUUAAAUUGCAUUAAGUACAUUGACAUGUAAAUAAACUAGUGUAAAAAGUGAA